AUGUUACCACCACAAUACUUUACUAAACCUGGCAACACAGGAAAAAGAUAUGAUUUAGAGGGUGAUCGUGAAAAUGAACAAAAGGAAAAAAGAGAAAUGCAAGCAAGCAAUCAACAGUUAGAGAAUAAUAUUGCUAAACUGAGACAGCAAAUUGGAACAUUUAACUGA